CUCGGAAGUUUCUGGCUGACUCACACUCCAUGGGCCUUGGACUCUUGCUGCUUCCUGCCUCCAUUUGAGGCCUGCAUUUGUCCGCUCGCGCAGUUUGCCCCUUCUGCGGGGAGCGAUGCCGACCGGCGAUUAUGACUCCAAGCCCAGUUGGGCAGAUCAAGUGGAAGAGGAAGGAGAUGAUGAUAAGUGCAUCACCAGUGAUCUGCUCAAGGACAUCCCUCUGAGUGGGGUGCUGAGCGGGAGCGGAGGUGAAACUGGAGGCGGGAGCGCAAGUGUAACCAUCGAGCCAGAGCUUGUAAAAGGAGGACCCCUACCAUCUCCCAAAGAGAUUGUGAAUGGGAAUAUUAAAACAGUGACUGAGUACAGAGAAGAGGAGGAUGGCCGCAAAGUCAAGAUUAUCCGAACCUUUCGAAUUGAGACUCGGAAGGCCUCCAAGGCUGUGGCAAGGCGAAAGAACUGGAAGAAAUUUGGCAACUCAGAGUUUGAUGCUCCUGGCCCAAAUGUAGCCACCACCACUGUGAGCGACGAUGUCUUCAUGACAUUCAUCACCAGCAAAGAGGAUUUGAACUGCCCAGAGGAGGAGGACCCCAUGAACAAGUUGAAAGGUCAGAAGAUUGUGUCGUGCCGGAUCUGCAAGGGGGACCACUGGACCACACGCUGCCCUUACAAGGACACGCUGGGGCCCAUGCAGAAGGAGCUGGCCGAACAGCUGGGGCUCUCCACUGGCGAGAAGGACAAAUUGCCUGGAGAACCAGAACCUGUUCAAGCCCAGCAGAGCAAGACCGGGAAAUACGUUCCACCCAGCUUGAGAGAUGGAGCCAGCCGCAGAGGGGAAUCCAUGCAGCCUAACCGCAGAGCUGAUGAUAAUGCCACCAUUCGUGUCACCAAUCUGUCUGAGGACACCCGAGAGACUGACUUGCAGGAGCUCUUCCGUCCUUUCGGGUCCAUAUCCCGAAUCUACUUGGCCAAGGACAAAACCACUGGCCAGUCCAAGGGGUUUGCCUUCAUCAGCUUCCACCGCCGGGAAGAUGCUGCCAGGGCCAUUGCAGGGGUGUCUGGCUUUGGCUACGAUCACCUGAUCCUAAACGUGGAAUGGGCCAAACCCUCCACCAACUGAGACUAGCUGCCCAGCAUUUGUCUUUGGAAAUUGCCUGGUUCUGUUCCUAACUGGACUAUUCUCAAAUAAAGUUUCAUUCCAGUCUC